UACGUCAACUUGCUUGAGAUUUCGUUUCUCUUAUGUCAAAAUGGGAGUGAAAACUCUCAGGAAAACAAUGUGAAAAGCCAAAUUUCUCAUUGUCAGGAUGAAGAAGAUAUUCGUUAUGAUCGUGUAAUACAUACACCGACAUGUUUACCAAGAAAUCUCACCAAGAUGUUAAGAAAUCAACAGUCAAAAUACAGGAUUCUAAAAAGGAUUCUGCAACCCGAUUGAAACACUUAAAAAUUGUUUUAGAGCACAUUGACGCGGAUGAAGCUAAAACGUACUUCGAGGCCAACUUCAGCCAUGUGUAUUUUAUAUUGUAUGACAACUUUAUCCAAGCAGAAAAUAACCUUCGCCAAAGAGAACUUCCGUUCCAUCUUGUUCAUAAAGCCGGAAGAGAAGAGCUAGAAGGGGCGUUGUCCCUUCUCGAAAAAGUAUUAUGCCUGCUGCCGGAGCUGAUUGGAAAACGAUGGCAGCUGCACUCAUUGACCAGGAUCUUCUCCAAGCUCCUACAUAGUGGCAACUCACAGAAGUUGCGAGCAGAAUCGAUAAGGUAUUUCCUGCUCUGGUAUCAAGCCCUCGGUGACAAUGCUCCGGUGGAAGUUCACAAGAUGUUCGCUUCACUCGUGCCAGGACUGCCCGAACCUUGCAUAUUACCAAGCGGCUCACCACUCAAAGGGAAACCUGACCCAAACGCACCUAACGAUUCCGGAGACUUCAGCAUGGAGGAUAUACUGCACCAUCCGAAUUUUAGCUCGACCACAGACAAUGCCAAAAAGGUUGUAGUGGAGCAAACUACUACAGGUUUCAUGGGAAAACUAGCGAACGUCUCAGCAUCUAUCUUUCAUGAUACAAACGCUUUAAACCCAGUCCAAUGUGUGGAGGUUCAACCGCUACUGCCACCAAGUGCCAAUGAGAAAGCUAUUGACAAUGAAACGAAGCAUUUCUUUGAAAUAUUACUGGAAGGAAUGGCAUCAUCGGUAACCAAGAUCCAUUGGAAGGACCGGUCGCACGCGAAGUGUAUGAGGAGUUUUGCUUUUUUGCUGGAGAGGUUUAAGAUGUAUUAUUUGCCUGUCAUCUGUCCGCAGUAUAACAGCAAGAAUUCAUUGUAUAAACCGAAUUUAGAACUGCCAGUCCAACACAAUAUACUAGACGACGACUACGUUCUAUGCCGCGUGAUCCUCAUCAAAUGGGUGGCGAACUACGCCCACUUCCUCAAGAAGACCGGAAGUGAUGGCGGCCAACCUUCAUCCAUGACCAGCACAGGGUCGCACGUGCCGCAUUCAAAUACUCCGACGCCAGCAACGUCGUUACAACAUGAGGAAGAAACGUCUUUUACCGUAGGACAACCCUCGGACUCUAGCAGGGCUUCGUCUCAUGAUUCUACGUCUAAUACCACACAUCCUAGCUUGGAACCAGGUUGCCCAGCAGAAGACCUGUGUAGCUCUGCCGUAGUCCGCGACGUACUAUGUGGCUGGUCGCGCGAGCACGUCGACUUCACAGUCGAAGUACUGCGCCAAGCUUUCCUGUUGCCGUUCGCUCACGCCGGGGCUGCGCGACGGGUUAUCGCGCUUUAUAAAGACUGGAUACAGAUGAAUGUAUCGGAGAUCCCGCCAUUCCUGCUAGAGAACACGUACGAGCCGAACGAGCCCGCGGCGCCGCCGCGACGACUCCGGAACGACUCGUACCUUGGCGCCGUGGGGCGAGAUAAUGUUAUGGUGCGCGCUGGCCUUCAAAACGUUCUACAAGUAUUCAUGACGCAAGCGGCCAACGUGUUCCUAGCGAGUUCCUCGCCAGUGGCGCCGCCUGGCGGGCUGGGGCAGCAACAGCUGCUGGAAGAGCAGACGGACACGUGCAAGCGAGUGCUCAACAUCUACCGCUACAUGGUCAUGCAUGUCGCCAUGGACGCCGGCUCCUGGGAACAACUAUUGCUGGUAUUGCUUCAAAUAACGUCGCUUGUACUUACCAAAGUACCACCAAAGAGAAAACAGGAAUCACUGGGUGGAUUUUUAGCACCGGCGUUGUUCCAAACGCUAAUAGUGACGUGGAUAAAAGCGAAUUUAAACGUAGCAGUUAAACCGGAGUUGUGGCAGAACUUCAUGGAGCUACUGACGAGGUUGACGCACUGGGAGGAGUUGAUAACUGAAUGGGCGAAAACAAUGGAAACCCUAACUCGCGUACUAGCCCGGCACGUGUACUCGCUCGACCUGUCGGAGAGCAGCGAGUCGCGCGGGCGCGGGCGGGAGGGGCGCGAGGCGCGCGGGGAGGGGAGGGAGGGUCGCGGCGGGGAGGGGAGGGAGGGGAGGGAGCGGCGCGUGGCGCCCGCGCCCCCGCCGCACAGGCAGGCGCCGCCGCCGCACCAGCCCGAGGGACGAGCGCUGGGCAAAUCACCAAAGCUGUCGGCGGGAGCGACUAGGCGGGCGGACACGGGCGCGCGGCGCCUCACGCGGGCGCGCUCCGACCCGCACCUACACAAGCACCAGCCCACCCUCACACACACAGCAGAAGAUACCAAAGAACCAGCCAGCAAACCCCGGAGAUGGUACUCGCUUGACUCGCUGCGGCACUCGUCGCAACACGACGAGAGAGACUCCGCUAGUGAAUCUCGGUCCCCGUCGCCGGCUCCGUCGAGCGGCGUCGAAAGCAGCUCCAUCAAGGAUUCGCCGCUGCAGAUAGAUUUAGCAUCAGACGGCGGGAAUGUCGAGUGGUCAGAAAACGAAGCGACAGACAGCUUAGCCGGGUCAGUCGGCGUCGGCGUCGGCGUCGGCGUGGUGAUGGGCGGCGGCGCCCGCGGCUGGCUGCCCGACGUCGCCGCCGUCAUGUGGCGCCGCAUGCUGGCCGCCCUCGGGGACCCCAACCUGCUGCGCGACCCGCAGGCGCACAAGAACCUCUACAAGUACCUCAUACACCUCAACGCUACUCUACUGAAGAUAAGCCAAAAUCAGACGCUAAAUGGCAACACGGAGAUCCAUGUGCCUUUUAACCUGGUGGCAGGAUGGUGCCUCGAGGCAGAGGCGCUGCCGCCUUCGCACAGGGCUGGCAAACUCAUGGCGCUACGACUACUGUGCGAGAGCACGCAAGCGCAAGCCCAGGGCCCGGGCGCGCCGUCGUCGUGCAACAACCGGCUACAUCUCGCACACCUGCAUUUGUACCAGCGCGCGCUCCACCAUGGCUUGACGGGCGAGGACCGAUCCGUAGUAGACGUGCUGGUCGAGUACGCCGCGCCCCGCUACCUGUCCCUGGCUCUCGACGGCUACUCGCUACUACUACUUGACUUCGUGCACGCGUCCACGGUCGUGCUCAACUCCUCCGACAUGGGGCCCACGUGUCCCCGAACAGCAGCGGUGACGUUCCUAGGCUCACUGCUCGCGCUACCCGACUCCCUGAUGAGCGCGCCCAUGUUACAACCGUACCCCCAUCAAUACAACACCGUCUCGUGCCCGGAUCUCAAGGAACACGUGCUAAACAUAGUAGUCCGCGUGUGCCGGCGGGAAGGCGCGGCCGCGGCGCGCUGCUGCGGCGCCUGCGCGCUGACCGCUCACGUGUGCCGCCUGCUGGCCACCAGGCAGCACUGCCCGCGCCUGCCUUCCAUCGUCACCUGCCUGCUGCAGAUGCUGAUGAUGAAAAACAAGCACAUUGCGAAAGUGGUCAGCGACUGCAUACUGGUGUUAGCCGACUACACGGACCGCAUAGUUGAAAUGUAUCCGGGGCUCGCUGGUAAAAUAAUAAAGUGGAUCUGCGCAUGCUUGGCCCAACUCGCGAGCAGCAGCGGACGCGACUCAGUGAAGCCUUUGGCUGGCUCGCUGCUCCUAUGUCUCGCCGAGUUCGCCGUACGGUGUGGCCCCACGUAUCUCAUGCAGGAAAAAGAGGGCGACCAGACGCUGUUACUUAUUAUAUUCAAGGUGCUAUAUGCUGUGAUGCGAGGAACCAACACCGAAAUAGAAGGACUAUCAUUACCAGUGGACGAGGACUUCGACCCCAACAUCCAGCAUGGACAAGACAAUCUAGGCCAGAAAGCUGCUCCGGCUUCCACCGUAGAUGUGAAGCUAUGGGCGCAGACGAUCUGCACGCAACUAGUGCUGUUUCUCGGCCACUGGCCUCUGUGGAGCAGCUGCCAGCUCUCGUGCGGCGUGGGCGAGCAGCACGACAGCUCGCCGUCGCUCGGGGUGGAGCUGGGCGGCGCCGUGCUGUCCGCGCCGCACAUCCAGCUGCUGCGGCUCAGCGACGCCACGCUUGCCUCGCUGGUCGAGCUGCCGGCGCUGCCGCCGCCGCCGCCCGCGCCCGGUCUAGCGACAUCAGAUCGGCAGGUGCGUGUUCUACUCCGCGACAUCGCGGGGAAGGCGUGCUGGGACGCCUCGGCGUUGUACUACGAUCCCUCCUACUGCGCGGAGCAAGAGCCCGAACCGUUGGCUUUACCUGAGAGCGUGGAGAGUCCGCGCGAUAACACGUUGUCAUCAUUGCCGCCGCCGUUACCGCCAGAUCUGCUGCCAGACUACCAAAACUGUCCGCCAGAUAAACACCAGUUGGAUCAUGUUUUGGCUUACAUCGGCCACACAUCACCAGAAGUAGUAGACGGCCGAAGGUUGGAUGAGGCCGGGCCUUCCCCGCUACCUCCAGGAGCCGAAGACGAACUGGUGGCCGCGCUGGUCGCGCACCGGAACGCCGAGCGGCACUACCUCGCCUCUAGAGACAGUGACGAGGAACUAGAAAUACCGGAGAGACCCGACAGCGGGUCAGCGGGCCCGUUCUCGCAGUGCCGGCUGCUGCUGGCGCAGCUGGGCACGCUGGCUCCAUCGCGACGCGCGCACGCUCAGCUGCUUCGCCGCUCCGAGCGCCUGCUGCGAGAACUGCGGAAUCUCGAUGCGCAGAGGUGUCGUGAGACCCAUAAAGUGGCGGUGAUCUACGUGGGCAAAGGGCAGGAGACUCGCAACGAAAUCUUGUCCAACCGCUGCGGCAGCCCCGCCUACGAGGCCUUCCUGGCUGCCUUGGCGUGGGAGGUGGAGCUGGAGAGCCACGUGGGGUUCGCGGGCGGGCUGCGCGGCGGCGGCGGCGCCACGGCGCCGUACGCGGCCACGCUCACGCUCGAGGCGCUCUUCCACGUUGCCACGCGCAUGCCCGCCGACACACCCGACGCCAUCCUCAACAAGACGCGGCAUCUCGGCAACGACGAGGUCCACGUAGUGUGGAGCGAGCACUGGCGAGCUUACAAGAGAGACACGCUGCCCACCCAGUUCUGCGACGUUUUAAUCGUGCUGUACCCGCUGUCGGCCGGGUUGCUGCGGGUCACCGUCUCGAGGAAGCCUUCGGUGGCAGUGUUCGGUCCGCUGUGGGAGGAAGGGCUGGUGAGCGUGGCGUGCGGCGCGGCGCUGGUGCGCGGCGCCGCCACGGCGGGCGGGCGGGCCGUGCGCGCCACCAUGCCGCUCUACCAGCACGCCUACUCCGAGCGCGCGCGCAGCCUGCAGCAGCUCGUGCAGCACCACACGCAGCCCGCCACCUUCGAGCACUUCGUGGAGCGCGUGCGCGAGCCCGUGCCUGCAGUUACCCACCUGCAGCCGCAAGAACAAAACACCGGUCGUCUAGCGGCAGCGCUGCUCGACGCGGGCGCGGCGGUGGCGUGGGGCGGGGGCGGAGGGGGUGUAGGGGGCGGGGGCGGGGGCGACGCCCUCACCGUGUCCCCGCGCGCCGGCAAGCGGCUCGGGCCCUUCCGGCGCCCGCUCCACCCGCCGCCCGCCGAGCCCGCGCACCAACCGCCCGCGCACCACCCCGCACCCGCGCCCGCACCCGCACCCGCACCCAGGAAACACCGAGUGUCCCGUCAACCUGUCCUGUGAAUGUUGUACGUUGCACCGCCAGUCGAUCGUUCUGUGCCGUUUGCAUGAAACACCACAAUAUACAAAUACUUUACCUCGCCCUGUUUGAAUGAAGUUGAUUUCUAUUGUUAAGGAUUUCACAUUGUUAAUAAAAUGGGUAAGUGCCCAAAUGCAUGUGCAAAAUCUUCACCAUCACUUAAAAACUAUUGACCGCGGGCCAGGAACAGAUUUCCAUGACCAAUCGCCUCCCGGGCGAAAACUCGUAUAGUGGUUAACGGCUAUGUAUGAUGAACCCUCGUGAACGUCAGCUGCCGCUCUGUUGGUGGGAUAAGGAAUGGCAGCAAAUAAAGUCUAUAAAAAAAAUUGUCAUCGCCUUCCGCUUGAAACUUGGUCAGAUGAUUAGAUGUUAUUGUGAAUAAACAAAAUCGUCAGCCGAUUGUAUCGCUGUGGAAAUACCGUCAGCUGGUCACAUGAACAUGUAAAAAAUAAAAAUAAAAUUCAGUCCUCGGCGUCAUCGCCUCCCGUUUGAUUGUCAGAUGAUAGUUUAGAUGCUAUUGUUAAUAAAACAAAUCGUCAGCCAGUUGUAUCGCGGUGGAAAGACCGUGUUACGCGUUUCGGUGGCUACCAUUCCUCAACCCACCAACGGAGCGGCAGCUGACGUCCACGAGGGUUCAUCAUACAUAGCCGUUAACCGCUAUACGAGUUUUCGUCCGGGAGGCGAUCACUGACGAAAUUUGCUCCUGGUCUAUAUGGACAGUUUUAAACUAAACUAACACUGUUAAGGCAUGUGCACACUGGAUGCGUGUGCCUAGACAUGCGCGUUGUAAUAUACAGAUCAUUAUGAGAGACGGCACACCGCUUGCGUCACGUGUGCAUGCACGGCUCGAACAAGCGAACACGCACGUGCACGUCGCCCAAGCAGCCGGUAUACUAUGUCAUGACCUUUAAAGCCGCCUGAAAUUAGUUGCAUGUGAGAAUUCAGGCCUAUUAUUAUGACGUCAUCACUACUUUGAAGAGCUCGUAUCUACAAACUGUGGGAUAAAAUGGAGAAUAAAUAUAGAAUAGUAUAGACGUCAUCUCGUUAUAAUGAGAUUUGCAAAUUGUCACCUAGGCGUACCCAUUGUAUGAGCUUAAUUUGUAUUUUAAAAUAUUAAAAUAUGAUAAGAGGUACAUACUAGAUAUUUUCGAAGUAACGACGAUUUGCUAGGUGUAUUCGGAUCUGUGGCACAAAAUAUAUAUUUAUUUAUUUUGCUAUGAUAAUGUUUAAAACACUGUGAUUUAAAAGGUACCCAUUUGUGUCAAUUUUGGUGAGAUUUCUGUGAGAAAUUAAAUAAGAAUGCAAAUAUGAUUCUGAUCGCUUACCGCGAACCACGUUCGACGUGUUGCCUCUCUGUCGCACUUGUAAAUUCGUACGUAAGUGUGACAGGGAGGCAACAAGUCGAACGUGGUUCGCGGUAGGCCAGAGCCGUAACGAGAGGACCUAUGACGCGAGUACUAUCGUCAACUGUUGAUCGGAUCCUAGGGUCUACCGCGAAACUCGAAAUUUCGUUAUCUGCCUCAUCGCGCGAAUAUUAAGGAGUGAAAGAGGCAGAUAACGAAGAUCCCUCAUAUCCAUUAACAUUUUUACUUACGCCUUACCCGUAAUAUGCGUCAUUCGAAAACGCAUUCAAUGGAGUUGGCUGGUCGAAGUAUUUAGUAGAUGGCGUCAGCAUAGCUUGUUCUAUCAAUCCCUAGAAUUAUGUAAAACUUGUUUUUUAAAUGGAAUUUCAUGCUCUGGAUGCCAGCCCUUUAAUCCAAAUCUCAUAGAAAAAGGGGCAAGCUAUGAUGGCGCCAUCUAUGCAAACCUUUGACAGUUGCCAAUCCCAUUGUUUACUGUAUUGUCGCGCAAUAAAGUACAAGUUUAAAUUGGGUUUUCCAUGUCACAAGUUAUGCGUGGUGCUAAUAUAGCUACGGCCCCGUCGUCGAGGCGCUAGAAUCAAUUAGUGUUUGAAAAUAUUUCGAUCAGUACCGUUUCACUCACUAUUAUUUUUAAUCGCUUUUGGCGACAUGUUUCGGAUUUGUCGGAAAUCCUUCCUCAGGCACAACUGUCCGCGGCGGUUGUACUCCGCGCACUAAAAAUAAUAGUGAGGGAAACCGUACUGAUCCAAAUAUUUUGAACUAUGUCUCACAAUAGUUUAAUUUUGAAGUAGUGUUUGUAUCAUGCAUGCCUCAAGAUAAUAAUUGGUAUUAAACGAUAAAAUAAAAAUUCUGCUUAAAACUGUUCUAAAACUAAAAGUUGAAAAUUAUUUAGUCAUUUUAUUCGUCCAAUAUGAGAUUAGUAGUAUUGCGAACUUAAUGAAUUUUUCAUGUACUUAAUUAAUUAUAAGCUUAAGAAGUGUAUCUCGCAUUUAAAUAUGUGGUGUUGAUGUUUGUAAAAUAUUUAUAAUGUAUUCAAAUUCGUCACACAUAUUCGUGACAUAUUUAACAAACAUUUAACAUUCCAUUGACGUUCUCUGUAUAUAAUGUACACUAGUUGUAGAGCUUUAACGUUUCUAUUAUAGGAAUUUAUUAUUUAUGUUCACUAAUUUUACUUUUUAUUUGCACAUUAGAGUUAAGUACUUGACGCAAAUUAUGUUCUUUAAUUGUGGAACAUUCUGAUCUAUCUUUUUAAAGGUAUUAAAAUGGACCACAUAGUUCUGUUGGUGUUUUGAGUAUAUGCAUGAGUUUAGUGAUAGCGAGAUAAAUGCUGGCCAAAGAGCUGGCUUUUUCUCCUGAAGUACCAAAAGGCGCAGCUGCGAAUUCCUCACAACUUUCACGGACUUUCGUUACAUACAGUAAAUUACCUGUAUAUCUCAAUGAUGAAGUAAAUUUGAUAUAGUCCGACUACCCCUAAAAUUGCCUUACUGAAAUUUCCAGCUACAGUUUCUUUCCCUUCUAUGCUACCGUAAAUAGUAGAUAACCGAGCAACGAACCUCCUCCACCGUCUAACACAAAAUCUGGCUACUCUGUCUGAUAUGUAUUGUAUUAUUAUUAUUGUGUUUUUUACAUUGUUUUAUAUGUUUUAAGAGUACUUAUUGUAACUCUUUCCAGUUUACCAUCUGAAGCUUCCUGAAUUUUGACUAAUCUCUAAGAAUAUCUAGGUGUUGAUUUAUGUUCUUUUGGCUUGUUUAUGAGAAAAUUUUUGGUACGAGUAUGUUAUUAUUUUUGUAUUAGAUGUCAUUGGUGCUUUUAUUACAAAAAAAUUGAACUACAUUCCACACUAGGUAGCUUGUCUUAUCAUAUGGAAAUGCUAAAAUAUACGGAAUAAAUAUUGUUCAUGUUGACUUAUUAUUCUGUGAAUCUGUAUGUACUUUGUUGCUUAUUGCUUGCAUUUACUUCACAUACAGACAUACAGUAAGUUUCAGUUAAUGAUGUAUAAUUUAAUUUAACCGAAAGCAUUCCAUCUCAAAUAUCUAGUGUCUGUUCUCACCCUGUUAUUUCCACUUACCUAAUUUUAAUCAGUAUUUUUAUAGAUGUUAAGACUGACACAAGAUUAAAUAUGUAUUGUAUUGAAAUCACUAAGUAUUAAUUUAAAUUGUUAUUUACAUUAUUUAAAAUGUGGUGGUUUUUACACUGUUAAAAUGAUAACUAAUUUAUUAUUAUGAUUGAAUUCACGAAUUCAAUAUGUCACAUAUUAACCCACAGACAUUAUGUAUGGUAACCAAAUUUUUUAUAUUUAAUGCAAUGUAAAAAUAAAGUUUUUGUUAAACU